AUCGAGGACACGGACAUGGAGGGCCGGCUGAUGCUGGCGGACGCGCUGGUGUACGGGCAGGCGCUGCACCGGCCCGCGCUCGUCGUCGACGUCGCCACGCUCACACACGGCGUGCUGCUGGCGACGGGCGGCGGCGCGUUCGGCUGCUUCAGCAACAGCGCGCGCGCCUGGGCCUGCCUGCGGCGCGCCGGCGCGCUCACCGGCGACCGGCCCUGGCUCUUCCCGCUGUGGUCCUACUACCAGCGGCAGAUCACCA